CUGUCGACGACAGCGCAAAGCGCGGAUAGACACGCGGCUUCUGUACGUCCCUGUUGAAUCGUUUUUCUUGCAUUGCUGAGUCGUGAUCGCGGCUUAAUAACCGAUUUUAAAAAAAGCCAGCAGCAUCCGUAUCAUCUCAAGACAACAUUCGAGACGAAAUCGUGAAAGUAUGAAGUGCCUAUUGAUGAUCACAGUUCUCAUGGCUAUUGCCAUGACCAUCGAGAUCAUCGAAGGCGAUCAGCAUCGCUACACGAAAACAUUCAUAGUUACUGACCAAGUAUACUUCGAUAUUAUAAUUGAUAAUAAUCCAGUUGGUAGGAUUGUUAUUGGCCUGUUUGGUAAUAUUGCGCCAAAAACGGUGAAAAACUUCAUCACUUUUGCUACUACUGGUAUAGCUGGAAAAAAGUAUGCAGGAACCAGAUUCCAUCGUGUGAUAAAGAGGUUUAUGAUUCAAGGUGGUGACGUCGAAAAUGGAGAUGGGACUGGUUCAAUUAGUAUUUAUGGCAAAUAUUUCGAUGACGAAACUUUUGAAGUAAAGCACAGUGGACCAUUGAUCAUCAGCAUGGCAAAUGGUGGGAAGAACACCAACGGUUGUCAAUUUUUUAUUACUACCAUACCAACUCCUUGGCUAGAUGAUCAUUAUACAGCGUUUGGAAAAGUCAUUAGCGGUGAGGAUGUGGUCUUCAAGAUCGAGCAGACUAAAACAGAUAGCGACGACAUUCCAUUCGUGCCUAUAAUAAUCUACGAAAGCGGGAUUCUUCCAACGGUUCCCUUUACUAUAUCAGAUAAUCCUUAUGAUGUAUGGGCGUGGAUUAAGGCGACCUGUGUACCGUUGGGAUUUAGCUUCUCGAUAAUCGCGGUUUUCCAUUACAUGAUGAAACAAAUGGAUAUCUAAGUGACAAUCUUGGUAUGAAAGACUGAAUUAAAUAACAAAUUUUGCUUUUACUUGAUCAAUAGAUUUCAUAUUUAAUUAUUUUUGUACAUAGAACUGUGUGUAAUAUUGUGUACAUUACUAAUAUAUUAUUCUUAUAAGAGAAUUAAAUGUAUUACACAUAUAGAGUUUGUAUAUUGUUGCAUAAUUUUGCUUCUUAUAUGGAACUCAACCAAGUGUUCUUCAUCGGUUUUAAUAAAUUCCAAUUAUUAUAAAGUACUUUUAAAAUCAUUCAAUUUUUAUUAAAAAAAUUUUUUUCAGUCUUAUAGUUUUGAUAAUAUUCAUUUCAAAAGGAAGUAACUGAAUUUAUUCAAAGAGAUGUUAUUACUAUUUUAAAAGUGUAAAAACGCAUUUACAAAAAAAACAAGUCAUAGUUUUGUUUAUAUUUUAACACAUCUAAAACUUAUUAAAAUCAAAGAAGAACACUUGUAUCUUAGAUAACGCAAGAAGAAAGAGACAUCGGGCGCCAUCUCUGUGAAGCUCGUGAAAUUGUUAUUCAAAAACUACUUCAUUUAUUUUGUAAUAAAUUAAUAAAAUAAAAAAGAAAAUAAUAUAAACG